AUGGAUAACUUAGAUGUAAACACUAAAUUUAAGAUUAUUUCUACAAAUUUAAGUAGUAUACCAAGCUAUGAUGGAAAUGCAGAUGCUCUCUUAAGUUUUGUACAAAGAAUUGAUUUAAUGAUACCCAUAUUAGAAUCAUUCCCUAUAGAGUUUAAAAUUUUGCUUAUGGGUAAUAUUAAAGACAAAAUAAUUGGAAAUGCAAGAAGAUCAAUUCUAAUUAAUGGCAAUGUAGAUACCUGGCUGGAAAUAAAGAAAAUUUUAGUUGAUAAUCACGGCGAACAAAAAUCUGUUGAUGAGUUAAUUGAUAAAAUAAGAUCUUGUCGGUGUGAUUCAACUAUAGAAAAUUUUUAUAAUAAUCUAAAUGCUUUAUUAUGUCGCUUAAAUAAUGCUCUGUAUUUUAGUUAUAACAAUUCCUUAGAAAUUAAUUGUGAAAGUAAUGGCAGAAUUGCUCUCAAUUCUUUCAAAUAUGGAUUACCGGAGCCUGUUAGGAGUAUUAUUGUGAGCAGGAAUCCGAAAAAUUUAAAAGACGCGUAUGACAUAAUAAAAUCCAAUGGGUAUCUGAAAUAUAACAAUAAAAAAUAUUGUGAUCAUUCCGCUUUUGCAUUGAUUUCAGAACCUGGGUUACAGAAACACAAAUGUCGCUCGGACUACGAUUUCCAUACUUUUAUCGAUAUUUUUGACGAUUGGCAAGAACGUGUUUUAUCUUCGACUUCCACAUUACCAGAACGAAAUCAUUAUAACUAA